CGUCUCCCUCCGUUCCUUCCCUUUCCUUCCGCGCGCUCAUACUCCUCCUCUUCGUCCCGAAUCGCGUGACGAGGCCCCGCUGCCCGACUGACCGUCCUCGGCGCCUCUUAUACCUUUACUCCGGUUUGCGCGUUCUUCAGGAACGUACGUGCCCGCCACGUUCCACGUUCGGCGAGAAAACGCGACACAUAUACCUCCCUUUUGCGCGAGUAAAAGCGCGGAAAAAGCCUCCCGAGCGGCGUCGAUCGGUUUGGCCCCGAACGGUGGGUGCAACGUGCGUCGCGACGUUACCUCACCAGCGUAGCGUUUCGAGUGCUCGAGGGCUCGUUUCGCUCGGUCGAAUCAUCGUAAUCAUCGAGACCGGCCGAUCGGUUCGCGCGUUCGCUCCGGUACAGUCGAGCGGAGUUCAGAUCCCAGUGAUAUGGCACAGCUGAUCAGCGUCAAGCUGUCCAGGUUCGACGGGUCCCCAUGGGGCUUCCGUCUGCAGGGUGGCAAGGAUUUCGGCACGCCGCUCAUCGUGCAGAAGGUUAAUAGCGGAUCCCCAGCAGAAGCUGCUGGUCUCAAAGCUGGCGAUGCCGUUAUCAAAGUCAACACCACCGACAUGUACAACUUGAGGCACAAGGACGCGCAGGAUGUUAUAGUCAGAGCCGGGAAUAAUUUCGAGAUCACUGUGCAAAGAGGCGGUAGUACCUGGAAGCCGCACGUGACGCCGGCGACCGCAAGCCUACCGUCUCCGAUGCACACCGCCUCCACGGCUAACAUCGCGCCCGUCACAAAGACCUCUUUGGCAGCGAAGAAGCCGGACGGACCCCUCAUCGGCAGCGGACACAAUUUCAGCCCUAAGCCAUUCCUGAACGGCACCGGCGACGGUCCAAUUAAGUCGAUCGUGAACAAACAGUACAACAGCCCCGUAGGAAUCUACAGCGAGGAGACGAUCGCGGAGACGCUGUCCGCUCAGGCCGAGGUCCUUGCCGGAGGUGUCCUUGGGGUGAAUUUCAAGAAGAACGAGAAGAAUUACAACGCCGAGAAUAGCGAGGUAUUCAAGAUGGUCCAGGAAGCGGACAAGGAACCAAAGACACCGGAGCCUGCGGAACCCACUACGGUGAGCGGCGUGAUAACGCCGUCCUCGCCCGCCCUGGCAGGACUGAGGCCGGUACAGGCGCCGGAAACGAAGCCGCAGCAGCCGUCGACGCCGCAAUCGAGCCUUCCACCAGGACAGAACAUCUGUGCCGAAUGCGAGAGGCUCAUCGUGACAGAGUUUUACUCCUCGGUGAGCCACGCGGUUGGCGGAAGGGCCACUUCGCCGAGGUCACCCACGCCAAUGUUUCAUGCUAUGGGCGGUGGUGGUGGCGUACCUGCCGGUAGCUGGCUGGCCACGUCGAAUUCCGACGUAUCGAGGCAUCAGGAGCCACAGCAUACGCAGGCGUCCGCUGCCGCGGGGUCGUCGACGCCGGGCGGGGUCGUUUGUAACAACUGCGACCGAGUGAUCGUAGGUGUGUUCGUCAGGAUCAAGGACAAGAACCUUCAUGUGGAGUGCUUCAAGUGCUCAACCUGCGGCACGUCCCUGAAGAACGUCGGUUAUUACAAUAUCAAUAAUAAAUUGUACUGCGACAUUCACGCGAAACUCGUCGCCAGGCAAAACGCACCGGCUGGUCUCGUACCGAUCACUAUUCCACCAGGUGGCAAAGCACCGGCUGGCACCAUUUCCGCAGCAUUGGCGAGUGUGGGUGCACCUUUAUCGCCGCCCCUUAGCAAUCACGGAUCGUCGCCUCAGCCAUUCUCCGCACCAUCGAGCAACAGUCUCAUCGGCCCAAAGCCCUUCGGUGGAUCGGUUGGUUUCUCGUCGAACCUACCCUCAACCCCGACGUUAAAUUCCGGAAGCAACACCUUGCCGCGUCCUCAGAGCCAGACAGUGACAGAAACCUCCAGCGAGACUCACGAAAGGUCCUGCUAUUACGAGGUCGUUGAGGACACGAGGGACCAGUCCCGUCCGAGCUCCGUGAAAUCCCGCGUGUGGCCGCCCCCGAAACCCAUCGAGGACAUCACCUACCCCACCGCCAGUCCCCUCUACAUCAAUCCCAACCCCGUCCUCGACAAGAGGUACCACCAGGCGAUCAAAGAGAAGCGCGCCAGUAUCGAGGCUUGCGAGCGAGCUCUGAGUCGAAGAACCGAGAGACGAAGCGAGAGCGCCGACCGAGAGGUCGAGAGGGUGACAAGAGAGUGCGUUCGUCGGCACGAGGACUCGGCGAUGGACCGGCUGAGUUGCCCCGGGUCGGUGUACCGGCGCGUCGAGCUGGUGGACACCAACAGGAGCACGCAAUCGGACGUAACGUCGAGGCCUAGCUCGACCGACAGUGUUCGCAGGUCGCUCACGCCCACCAGAAUCGUCCAGCCGAUCCCGAAACCGUGGACGGCGACCGUCACCAGCGGCGGCACCAACCUGUACGAGCAGAGCUACGCGCAGGAGCAGCAGCCGAAGGUGUGCAAGAAGUUCAUGCAGCGCGAGGUCUGCCAUCGGGAGCGGAUAUCGGGUGGCAAGGAACAACGGGAGGAACACCGAGCGUACCGAGCGGAGAUCUGUCGUAGGGAGCAAACGAUCUGCCCGAAACCGCCAUUGCCCGCGUCUAGACAGGAACCGGCGGAGACGGUGAAGGAGGUCGAUACCGAGAUUUCCGAUUUGUGGGGAGACGAAGCGAACGAACCGGAGGUUGCCCGCUCGACGGGAAUUCAGGGCGAACACGAUCUCAUCACCGAGACGGCUGAAGAGACCGUCGACGGUAUGCGCGUGAAGCAAUCGGCGACCUUCGAGAAGACCGUGGAGAGGAUGACGCCGGAGAGAUGCGGCGCUGCGACGAUCGAGGAAGAAACGGACGAGACGGAGUCGGAAUGUCUCACGAGGAGAACCGAGACGCGGAUCAAUCGAGAGAUGGAGAACACGGAAGAGCGAACGGUGGAGGAGUCCGCUGAGACGGUCACGUCGGCCGUUGACAUCCAGCAGAUGCUGGAGAAGGCGAAACAGGAGGAGGAAGAGAGGAAGAGGGAAGAAGAGGAGGAGGAGCGCAGGAAAGAGGAAGAAGAGAGAAGACGUCGUGAGGAAGAGGAAAAGCGAAGGCAAGAGGAAGAGGAGAAGGCCAAGAAGCACGUGACCUUCAAUGAGCAGGAGGAGGUGGUGGAAGAGGUGCAGGAACAACCGCUCGGCAGGACUGUCGUUCGAGAGGAACGCGUCACAGAGACGGACACUACUCCUGGACGCUGUAAGGUGACGAAAGAGACGUACGAAGAGAUCACGGAGGAGGUGCUGGUUCAGGAACGCGUGAGGAGAAAAGGCGUGGGUGACAGUGAGCGCAGGAAGAGUUUGCGGGAGCAGGUGGAGGUCCAUCAGAGUCUCAGGGACCAGCAAGCGCCGGAGAGACGAGUGGUCGCGAGAUACGGCCAGCAGCCUCAACAGGAGACCAUGGAAACGUGCAAGAAGAAGGUCCAGUUCCUGAAGGAGACCGAGACCGGGCCGAAACCUCUGCCGGACACGCCCGUGAAGAACUCCACGCCUAAGGAGUGGAAGUCCGAGAUGGUGAACGCCUUGACGACCGUGUCCGAUCGGCCUUACACGCCUCUCAACGCCACCAGCGUGAAGGAGCUCUACACCGAGGAGACCAUCUACCUGGAUCACAGGUGUCGACCCAAGCCGCCGCCGGCACCCAAGGAAGAGAUCCGGCCCAUCUCGCCCUUCCAACAAGCGCUGACAAUAGCGCCCGAGAGAUCGUACACCCCUCUGAGUCGAGAAAUCGGGCCGGAGGAUCAGCAGAUCGCGAGUAGACCGCAGACUCCGAGCAUUCAGAUGCAAAAUGGCCAUUGCCCGCCGUUGGACAUCUUGUACGGCGACACGAAGGGGGAGUCUUACGCGCAGGUGUGCGUGAAGGAAGUCAGGGAAUACUCCGGACCGCGGCCGUUGCCCACCCCGCCGCUCGAUCAUCGCUUAAGAGACGCCUCGGCGUCGCCGGCGAGGUCUCGGCCGCAAACGCCCAGCAGCAAGUCCUUCACGGCAGGUCUGAAGAAACCGGACACCAUACCGGCCUACCAGAGGAACCUGGUGGCGAUGAGGAAAGGCCCGGUGGAGGGCCAGCCGUUUGUCCCCAGCAGAACUCCGACCCCGACGCCUCGCAGGUCUAAAUCACCCGCUUGCUACGUGAAGGCUCAAGCGCCGAGAGUUCGAGAGGAUCCGCCUCCGUCGAAACGCGGCGCGGUGCAUUUCCCGUCGCGCAAGACCAUCUCCUACCACGUGGAGGAGGACACCGACAGCGGGCACAGGAAGCAAGAAUAUUCCGCCUCGAGGACGGUAAACUUCGACGAGAAGGAAAGCAACAGCCUCGGCGGAGGCCCGACCGACGCGCUCUACGCCCAGUUCCAGGAGACACGGUGCAUGACCAGCGAGGAGACCAGCGAGCAGCGGAACACCGCGUCCCACGUGAAGAGGGCGCUUCAAGUGGUCGAAGAUUACGAGAAAUGCGAGCGGAAGGAAGUGGCGGCGCCGCAGAACACCUGCGCCAUCGGCAAAGUGAGCCACACCAAGCCCACCUUGCCGUGCCCUCCGCCGUCUCGGGCCAGUCCGGCGCCCGUUAAGCCGACCUACAGCAGCUCCACGGAGGUGCGUCACGUGCGUUACGAGACGCCCUCGCCUUGUCCGGAGACAGGCGUGACCGUUCUGCCCUGCAAGGCUUACUCCGACCGCGGCACGAAGGCCGGCGUCGUAGUGGUGCCUUGCGAAGGCUCGCAGACCGCCAGCUGCCCGAAGUCCGGAGUCUGCGUGGUGCCCACGAAGGACCGGUCGGGCCUCUGUGCCGGAGUCGGUGGCCUCGGCGGCACGGGCUCGUCCAAGAGCGGAUCGUUCGCCGGUAGCAGCACGCCCAAACGCGGACGGGGCAUCCUGAAUCAGGCGGUUGGUGCGGGAUCGCGUAUACCGCUGUGCGCUCACUGCAGCUCUUACGUCAGAGGGCCCUUCAUUACCGCACUGGGCCAGAUUUGGUGUCCUGAUCAUUUCGUUUGCGUCAACUCCCAAUGCCGUCGUCCUCUUCAGGACAUCGGCUUCGUCGAGGAGAAGGGACAGCUCUACUGCGAGUACUGUUUCGAGAGAUUCAUCGCGCCCACAUGCAACAAGUGCAACAACAAGAUCAAAGGCGAUUGCCUGAACGCGAUUGGAAAGCACUUCCACCCUGAAUGCUUCAAUUGCGCCUAUUGCGGCAAACUUUUCGGCAGUACUCCGUUCUUCCUGGAGGAGGGAUUACCCUACUGUGAAGCCGACUGGAACGAGCUGUUUACCACGAAAUGCUUCGCGUGCGGAUUCCCGGUCGAGGCUGGUGAUCGCUGGGUGGAGGCCCUGAACAACAACUACCACAGCCAGUGCUUCAAUUGCACGAUGUGCAAGAAGAAUCUCGAGGGCCAAAGCUUCUACGCGAAAGGCGGCCGUCCGUUCUGCAAAAAUCACGCGCGUUAAGAACGUCGGCCUUGAGCGUCGCGGAUGACCGACGGGAGGACAAGAGCGGAAAGCGAAAGAGAAAAAUGCGGAGGACGUUCAACGGGAAUGAGAAGCGUACGGUGUUAAUGCACGAAUUACUUUAUCGCGAUGUCACUUUCUUCUUUACUGUAUCUCCGGUCGAGAUCACACUAACCCCUUGUCAAAUCCGCGAACCGAUCCAUCCUAUAGCUGCGAAGAGCAUAAGAUCAAUCGGGAUGAUUUUAACACCGGACUAAGUGCAACGAAAAAAAAAAAAGAAAAAGAAAGAGAAGGAUACGUCUUCGUUGAAGCAUAAUAACAAACAUAAUAAUAAUAAUUAUGAAAUUGUUGAAGGCAUGAUGAAUGUUUAUCUCGAGAAAGUAAGGCAAUAAGUAGAUAAAAAUUAUAUAAAGAUAAGAUUUUAAAGAAAAGGACGUCGGCUAUCGAAGAGUAUCUCGUAAUGAUACCCUCCCCCCCCCUCUCUCUCUCUCGAUUGUUUUUACAAUCAUUGAUUUCCGAUUGAUUCUAUGCUAUGCUCACUUUUUCUUGUCGAGAUACGAACAAUGUCGCACGUCGUCCAGCUAUGAGUUAUUAAUUAAUAUUUAUUAUCUAGCUUUUAAUUAAGAAUGUAUGGCGCAGGAGACCUCACCCUCGACUACGUUCCACGUUUCUAACUCCGAGGAGCACGCUCCGUCAUUUUCCGUGCGAAAUUCAAAAAGUACGUUAAUGCGCUAUCAACUUUUGACACAAGCACCGGCGAGAGAACAAUAAUCCAACCUCCUUCGGACCAAGUGUCUCUCGAAAGGAGGAAACGUCGUUCCUUUCGUUGUAAAUCUUACAUCAUCUAACGCUGCUCGCGCUAGAAGUUCAUUCGCGCGCUCUCCGGAGUUAAGUGACUUUUGUUUUUCCCUUUUUUCUCUGCCGAGACGCAUCGUAUCCUCGAUAUAUCGCGGCGAUAUUCUUCUAUUCACGAGUAUUCGGCCGGACCAUCGGAUAUCGUGCGUCGCGCGACGUCGCGAGCGAGCGCAAUUAAUUACGUCGGGACGUUCGACGACGUACCCCCUGCACUUUGCGGUUCCCGUUUAAUAGCAUAAAACGGGCGUCUAAUCGCGAUCCUCGUGGGGCUGGCGAAUGCGCUCGUAAAAUCGCUCGUGGCAGGAAAGCCCCGUAACGAUACACGACGAACGCUACUACGGCGGGAGUAGCCGCCGCGAAUCGGAAUCACGCAAAGCUCACUUGAGCAAUUAGUAUAUUACGUCGGCUAUUCGCAUCAUUUCUACGUGUUUCCAAGGUGCAUCGGGAUGCAACACGCACCGCUUCGGAGACGGCGUCGAUGUUCCCUUUCCGGCAAACGACGGUGCGUCGCGGCGAGAAAAGAGGGACAGAGAGAAGGAGAGCGUGACGGAUGGACGGACGAAUGGGACGGAUGCGAGAGCGAGAUUGUCAGGAAAGUACGAACGAAGUACGGCGAGUGAAUAUGUCGAACGUGUGCGACGGAGAGAGAGAGAGAGAGAGAGAGAGAAUUGGGCGCAAGUUUGCAUGACGUUUCCCCGGACAGUGAAAAUUACGCGCGGUAUUGCGAAUGUAUUUCGUGCACGAGACGCGAGACGUAACUCCAUCCGUGGUGAUUGAUGAUGGUAAUUAAGCCGAGCUCCGUCUUAAUUCGAGUAAUUUCAUUCGGUUGAGCGAUGUAUUCGACGGUUGUCGGUACUUUUACGAGAUUUAAUCCUCCUAUUCGUCGCGGCUCCUUCAGGUGAGCCGAUUUGUUCCGACGGAUGUCACUAAAGGCGCAUUAUGUUUUUAUUUUACCAGCAAAUAUAUAUAUGUCUUACGAUUUUUGAUAGAAAUCACGGCGGAAGGAUUAACAUUUCCAUCCUGGAAAGUCUUCCCGACAAAACCGCUCGAUGAGAAACAUCGCGGUAACGCUUUGCUCGAAAACAUGCUAGUCAAACGCUCGAGAAGAUAAUCACAUCCGAAUGUUCUUGAAUUCACGAAUUACGAACAUCAUUCGCAUUAACAGCGAAGACGUAGUGUGUCAUUUAAUUUAUAGCCGGAUGGGAGAAAUGCGCGAAAAAAAAGCGGGCAGCGAGUGAUUUCUAUUAAUUUAUGAGAGCCCCGACAUUUUGUGCACGAUUCUUAGGUAGCAGGCUAACGAGUAUUCGUCGAAGAUACUUAAUAGCUGUACUAAAUCGACGAGCGGACAUAUAUUCUUAGUGCAUGCAAACUUUGCCGCAAGUCAUCCGCGAGUCCGCCGUAUCCUGGAAUCGGCCGAUUAAAGCCGAGACUGAUAACAGGUUCAGCCGGGCAUCGGGCUUUUAUUUAAUCAGCUCGAUCGAUUUGCCAGUUGCGAAGAAACGAAAGCCUGAGAUUUAAUGUCCCCACCAUGAUCGCCAGAUAAGAUUCUUAACUCCUCAAAUGCCCGACUUUUUAGUCUUCCACGUCAAUGCUCCUUUUUACGAAUUUUCUUCAAAAUACGAGAAAGAUCUGAUAUUUUGCUAAAAUUAUGUAUGAAAAUAAAGCUCGGUUCGUCUAAGUGAGUUUCUAUUCUCGGUGGGCCAGACGAAAACUCAAUGACGCGAAACGAUCUCUCUAUUACUGCAACAAAAAAUGUUUGUCUGGUCAUUCACCUGCGUUAAAACCCGGUUGAAACAACUGAGAACAAAUAACUGAACGAUGAAAACUCUUGCAGGAAUCUUUCUAUUCCUGCCGAACUUUCGUUUGGAGAUUAUACGAACCGAGUUUCCUUUCCCGUGUAUUACAAACGGAUUCGCGGUUUUAAAUUCCUGAGUUUCGCUUUCGAGCUCUCGAAUUUCAAAUUUAUCGAAUUUCUAAAACCUCACAAGUUCUUGAGUCUCUAAGGAUCAGAAAGUUCAAUUUCCAUAGCCCCUCCCCCACGAGGAUAAUCAGAUCCUUGAAGUCUUAGAUCUAAUUCGGCACUCGAUAUUACCUAGAGAGCCAAUGGGAGCGGGUAUUCUCAUUUCAGCUUUAAUGAACUCCUCUUCGAGGCACGGGGACACGCGGGGGGGGNGGGGGGGGGGGGGGGGGGACGAACGUCGGGUUUGGCCUGCGUUUUAACGAAGCGAGAGCGAGCUAACGAACGAAACGAACGUACGAUUGCCAUAUUACGUUACUUCUAGACGAGGUUACCGAUUUCUGUGCCAUUUGCGUGAGCUUCUGUCACUGCAUAAUCGUUGUAUUUUCGAGUGGGUGUGAGCGAGUGAAAGAUAAAGAGUGAGAGAGAGAGAGAGAGAGAGAGAGAGAGAGAGUGUGUGUGUGUGUGUGUGUGUGUGUGUGGGUGCGUGCGUGCGUGCGUGCGUGCGUCAUGCGUGCACGCGCGCGUAUAUAUGUGUGUGUGUGUGCGUGAGUGAGAGAAGACACGUGCGAGAAACAUCGACAGAACUCGUCGACUCUUGUGUGGAAGGUAAUAUAUAAUAAUAAUAAUAAUAAUAAUAAUAAUAAUAAUAAUAAUAAUCCUAUAAAUAUAUAUAUAUAGCACGUAAGAGUGUUUUGAGCUGUGUUUGCGACGUGAUUCCGCGUGAAAGAAAAGAAAAAAACGCAAAAAGAGAAAUGCUAUGCUGUGCGAAAAGGACUUUAACUAGCACGAACGAACGAACGAUCGAUCGAUCGACCACCGCCGCUCGAUCUUGAGAAAUCGUACGAUACAGCACGGACCAGGAAAUUUUAACGUUAACUCGGCCGAUUAUCGGCUCGUGUGCAUCGCACAAGCCUCUGUAUGCGUGUUACGUGUUGCUUACGAAAUAAAAAGAAAGUAUUUA